AUGUCAGUAAUAGGUGAAUUGAAAGAAAAUGUAGAAAAUGAGAAAGAUGAGAGUAAUCGUUGGAUCAAUUGUGAAGGAUACGAUACUUAUUAUGAGCCACAUAGCGAACUUAUGUUUAUGUUAGAAACCAUGAUAUUCUAUAAAAAACGGUACUUUAAAGAAUAUUUUUCGGAAGAGGAAGAAGACAUUAAAUUAUCGCAUUCUUUGGUUGAUAAUAAUAAAGGCGAUGAGGAAUGGAUUCCAUAUUUUACCAAUGAUAUCGUAAGACCAGAAAUAAUGCUUAAAAGAGAUGAUAUGAAAAUAUUUGAUAAAAAUUGUCAGAUCAUAGGGAAUAAUAAUCGAAAAGCAUUGGAACAAAGUGAUAUUACAAAUAAAAGAAAUUUACGUACCAAGAACACAAAAAAUGGAAAGAAUGAGUCAUUGGUGUUACGUGAAGUUGAUGAUAGUAGUUGGAAUUCUGGGAAUUAUGGAAAUUAUGAGAAUUAUGGAAAUUCAGAAAAUUCCGAAGGAAUUAAUAUUAAAUAUAAUAAUAAUGAAAAUGCAAAGAACAUUCAAAACGACAUUAAUAAUAAAAAUUCAAAGGAAAAUCAUAUGAAGGUAGUACGACAAGUUAAUAACACGAAGCAGAUAUUAGACAAUCAUUAA